AUGAGCAAGAUGUGGGAAGUCGAUCCGGAGACUCGGAGCAAGUUGCUCGAGAUCUCCAAGACCAACGAGAAUAACAAAUGUGUCGACUGCGGAGCACCAAGUCCUCAAUGGGCAUCUCCCAAGUUCGGUAUCUUCUUCUGCUUAGCAUGUUCCGGUACACAUCGAUCUCUGGGAGUGCAUAUCUCCUUCGUGCGGUCCGUUACCAUGGACGCCUUCAAGACAGGAGAGGUCAAACGCAUGGAAUUGGGUGGAAACAAGCCUUGGAAGGAGUUCUUCAACGCACAUAACAGCAAUACACUCAUUGGGCGGGAUUUCGACAGUUGUACCAUCUCAGAAAGAUAUGACAGUGAUGCGGGUGAGGAGUGGAAAGAGAGGUUGACAGCUAAGGUCGAAGGGACAGAAUACGUGCCUGGGUCGAGCAAACCUGCACCUAGGAAGCAACCGGCUCAAAAUACUUCCACGCCCUCUGACUCCGGAAGAAACACGCCGCUGUCAAAUGUCAAGUCCCCGCCUCAGCGGACAGCUUCACCAUCACAAAAAUCGCGAAACGAGGCCUAUUUCGCCAAGAUGGGAGAGGAGAACGCCUCUCGACCUGACGACCUGCCACCCUCGCAAGGCGGAAAGUUCGCUGGGUUCGGUUCGUCGCCAAUGCCAACAAACAACUCGUCCAGCGUCCCCUCUGCGAACGAAUUCCAGCAAGACCCCAUGGCAGCGCUUACGAAAGGCUUCGGCUGGCUAUCGAGCACAGUCUCAAAGCAAGCAGCGAACGUGAACAAGGCCUAUAUUCAGCCUGGCAUGAAGAAUCUGCAAGAGGGUGAUCUUGCAGCGCAAGCAAGAGCAGCGAGCAUGCAGUUUGGCACCUACGCACAACAGGGCGUCAAGGGCUUGAAUGAGCAGUUCAAUAAGUUUGUCGACCCAGAGCAACAGCAAGGCCAAGCUGGCGGACAACGAAAAGCAGCACCCGAAAAGAAGGACUUCUGGGAUAGCUUUGGCCAAGAUCCUGCGGGACCGCCUCAGGAAAAGAAGGAUUUCUGGGACGAUUUUGCGGCAGCGGGAACAGUCGCGCAGCAGAAAGCGAAACCUACCACACUCGGCACGAGCGCGAUGAAGCCUUCGGGUGGAGCUGGUGCGACGGCCAAGAAGGAUGAUGAUACUUGGGGCGAUUGGUAG